AGUCACAUGACUCUGCAGACAGCGGUCGCAAUAGCUGACAGCAACUUUUUUAAUCCUCAUGCUUUACGCAAGGUGUGUUUCAUCCUUAUAUUCCGAAACUCUACAUUUCGACACUUUUGGAUUUUGUUUUUUAAUAAAGAAAUAUGAUCAUCCCAGUGGUGGAUUUCGGCGCGUGCAGCCUGAGUAAGAAAGAAGUUUCUGAUGGGCAGUUGCAAAAUUUGAGCAAAGAAAUGAAAACAGCAUUCACAGAUGUUGGAUUUGUGUUUCUGAAAAACACCGGGAUUGUCCAGGAGGAGGUUGAUCAUGUCAUGGACGUAGCCAAGAAAUUCUUUCUGCAGACAGAUGAAGAGAAAAAACCCUUUAGCAGGAAAACCUUCCCUAAUAAUCUGAACCACGGCUGGGUGUCUUUGGAGACUGAGAGGUUGAAUCCAAGUCGACCUGGAGAUCUAAAGGAGGCGUUCAACACUGCUUCACUGCACCCUGACAUCAAAUGGCCGUCAGCCGAAGCUGUGAAAGGCUUCCAGGAGAUCCAGACGUCUUUCUUCCAUCGCUGUACGGAGCUGAGUCUGCGGGUGCUGAGGGUGAUGGCCCACAGUCUGGGUCUGGACCCCGAGGUGUUUCUUGGUGCUCAUCGUUUAAUAGGAACCGAUGGCAACGGUUCGACGCUGCGGUCUCUGUACUACCCUCCAGUGAACAGCGAGCAGGCGAAGGAGGGUCAGCUGCGAUGUGGAGAGCAUUCAGACUAUGGCAGCAUCACCUUGUUGUUCCAGGGCUCCGAGGGUCUGCAGGUGCGAAGGCGUUCAGGUGAGUUCAUCAAUGCUCCCAGCAUCCCCGGAGCUGUCCUCGUCAACAUCGCUGACCUGAUGCAGUGCUGGACCAGCGACCAGUUUGUCUCUGUGCGCCACAGAGUUUUGCUGCCCCCUGCUGGUGACUCCAGCACACGUCAGUCUCUGGCUUUCUUCGUCCAGCCGGAUGACGAGGCUCUGAUCACCUGCAUUGACGGCUCCAACAAAUACCCUCCUGUUACAGCUGGCGCCUACCUCAUCGAGCGCUUCAACGACUCAUAUGGACGAAGCUGAAUCUCCACCCAUGAAUUAUUUUAAUUGACACACACAUUGACCUAGGUCUGUAGUGCCGAACUCUCCGUUUCCAUAAGAUUUUAACAUUUUUAAUGUGGUUUGAAUAUAAUUGUGUUUUAGACAAUCUGUGAGUCAAUGUGUGUUAUUAAAAAAAGAGACGAAGACCUUAAACUUGCAAGCUCAUUCACUUUAAUCUCAACAUUCAAACAUCACACAACACGUGGCUCAAUUUACUACAUAGAAAGUUGGGCAGUGGACAGAUUUUGCUUUUCUACUUUUUGAAAGGGACAAAAAAAUGAAAUAAAAAUAAAUUAAAUCAAACUUCAAACCCUCAAAAGAAAAAAUAGAAAAUCUUUGUAUUUAAUCUGUUGUGUUAAUCUUAACUAGUCCGUAUUUGACCAUACAGUAAUUCUAUUAAGUCGGAGUUUCUGUUUAAUUUACAGUGUUGUACAGAAUAAAAUAUAAAUAAACUAAACAUAUCCUAAACAUAACAUUAAAAAAAGACAUUCACUGACACACAAACACAACGCACACACAAAACCACCUCAGAAUCCAGACAGUCCAACACCAACUCUAUUAUAUUAAAAGAUUUAAAUAUAUAUCUAAAUCUAUCUGUAAACUAAAUAUGUUCUUCAAUUAUGUCGUCCACAGGAGCCUAAGAAAUAUGCAUUUUUAUGGAGGAACAGGCAUUGUAAAAAAAAGAAAUAGUAGAGUAGUUUGUUUAAUAUUAUAACAGCAUGAAAUAAAAUGAUGAUAUUGAGAAGAAUUAUGUGUAAAUGUUACAGUUUUGAGUCCUUUAAGGAAAUUACAAAACAAUUGAGAGGUAUUACAGGAUAAACUUAUUCAGAUUUUCAAAUAUUGGCUGAUAGCUUAUUGUUUGUAACACCUAAACGGAUUUAAAGCAUUACAUUUUAAAACAAAACCUCCAAGACAAAAACAAAAAUGAACAUGGUCAAAUCUUAGUCUUAUUACAGAAAACAUUACUUCAUGGUUUCAGUUAUGCUCUUCUCAGUAAAUCACAUUUUUUACUGUAAACAGCAAUUAUCACCAGCAGCGCUGCAGAAACUUUCAAGUCACAUUAAUGACAUUCUUUUUUUUUUCAGCCUAAGUGAUCAGCUGUAUUUACCUGAAUAAAUAAAUCAUUUUCAAAGUGUUUCCUCUGACGGACAGUAUCAGUGACAAUAAGCUACAGUGUACAUAAAACAAAACAUUCGCUCAUCAGGCAAAGAGCCCUCCCCGUUUCACCCCAAAGCACUUCCCACGGAGAACAGAGUCUUUGUUGUGAUCAAAGAUUUUUUUUUUUCUUUCUUUUAAAUGGGGUCAAUUGUCCACAAAGAAAACUGGACCAGCUCUACAUUUCGAGCCGAAUGGGCCAGCUACGGGAAGGCGUGAUGGGGCAACUGGCACUAAAUCUGAAACCAGAUUUUUUUUCAUGUUCUCCUAAAAUUUAGACUAA